GAACCACCGCGGUUUGAGGCACUACUGGGGUCUUCGAGUCCGUGGUCAGCACACAAAGACUACUGGCAGAAGGGGAAAGACUGUUGGUGUGUCAAAGAAACGAUGAGCUUAGCCUUCUAUUUCUGCUUUCGAUGUUCUAAUUUUGAACCCUGAGGUCUGGUAGUGAAUUUUUUUUUUCCCAUUAUGCCUGGAUGUGAAACUACUCAUGGAUAUUUUUGGAUAACAGUUUUGAAUUUUGAUAACUAAAAUAUUAUCAAUGUGCUUGCCGUGAUAAUGACAAUUUGGUCAACUUUUGUUUUGGUUA